AUGCAUAAAAUUUUCAGCGGAAGUGAGGAGGAAAAACGGGAAAGUUACAGCAAUUUUGAAUUGAUGGUUGAUGGUGAUAGUAAUAGUGGCAGCAGUGAUGCUAAUGUCUUUAGUGGUGUUGAUGAUGAUGGCGACGACAACGGUGAAGAAGAAGGAGAGGGAGAAGGAGAAGAACGAGAACAAGAACAAGAAGGUGAAGGUGAAGGAGAAGAUGCAGGCGAAGAAGAUGAAGAUGAAGAAGAGCGACGUCCACAAUAA